AUGUUUGAGGUACCUGAUGCGAAGAGAAUUCGUCGAGAAGACUUGCAUGCAUCGGAAGAGUCUUCAUGGAGUGAGAGCGAAGCAGAUGCCGAGCUGGAGGCACGGCUUAAUGCACAAAUCGCCAUAUCCCUUGGGCUAGAUGAGAGCGCCUUUCGUGCGCCGAAGCUCCAGACUACUUCGCUGCCAAUUGUCACAAAACCCAAGGUUGAAGAAAGGAAGAAAGAUGAGGAGCUCAGCUCCGAUGAAGAAAGCGAGCCAAAGACGCCAGCCGAGGCCUCUCCAGCCAAAGAAGGCGGCGAAGACGACGAUGAAGUUUAUGCUUUCCGACUAUUCAGCGCGGCUGGUCCGGCGCCGCAAGUUGUUCUUGAAAACAUGAACAGAGUCGUGGAAGGCAAAAUGAUCAGGGGUCGGCCGUUAUCAUACUAUUUGGUGACGGAAUUGUCGCCCGAGAAGAAACAGCAAUAUGAGAUGGCAGCCGUGAGCGGCGAAGACGUCAUUGAGCGAUCGAAAGUGAGGGCGUGGGGACUUGAGCUCCCCUGGAGAGUUACAACGAUCAAGGCAACCAGAAAAAUUGCCAUCAAACGAGGGCGAGGAGGAGCAGAAGCCGUGGCUCAUGUCGAAGAUGAUCAACCAGCGAAGAGGAAACGGCCGGGGAAGAAGCGUCGAACCGCGAUGAGGAUCAAGGCGAGGGCAGAGGCGCAGGCUGAGGAGGCGGCGAAGCAGAAGAGGGCUGAGAAGGAGGAGCAUGUAAAGGAUAAGAAGAAGAGGAUGAAUCGACUGAAGAAGUUGAGAAGACGGGCGAAGAAAAAGACUGAGAAAGGGGGAGGGGGUGAAGCUGGUGGUGAAUCGGACGAGGAUAUGUCUGAUGAAGAUUUGUGGUCUUCGGCGAAAACGGCCCAGGGGCCCUCUAAUGAGGCCUCUAACGACGCGACACAAGAGCCAAUCGAGUUCUCGCCAGAUGAUUCCGCUAUUGACGACUCGGCGGAGCCAUCUCCAGCUCCAAUGCUGCCGCCGCUUUCGUCUGCCAGAGCCCCCCUUCAACAGUCCCAACAACAAUCGCAACGUUAUGCGCAGGGCGGUGGUGCGGGCUAUAACUCGGCAGCACCUCCUGCUUCGACCCCGGGCGGCAGCAAUAAUGUUAAUAACAAUAAUAAUAUAAACCGUGGAGCACCAAUACCGCAACAUGCUCCCACCGACUCUCUCUCCCUGAUGCAGCUGCGGCGCAUCGUGGCCGGAGUCAACUCUGCCGAGCCUGCGGCAUACGAUUUUGUGUACGAAGAUAUGGGCCCGCAUGCCGAAGAGAUUGACGAGUGGUUCGUGUACCAGUUCUGGCAGUGGGUGCGUCUUAACGCGGCGCAAAAGGCCUUUGAAUGGCACUGGAAUCAGGAGUCAGGUGGCAAGCUUGGCUGGGACGACGCAGACCACGACACAAGAGCAAAGUUUGUACAAGCUGCCAUUGCGGGCGUGCAGUCAGACGAUGCGGCGUUGAGGGCAACCUCGAUUGGCAAGAUUAUGUACCUGGUGCUGGGUAGGUGGGGAGAUACGGCAAUGCCUUACGCGACGGACGAGACGAGUCGAUCCAUUGCAAGCAUCCCGCAGUUGCAAGCGAUCAAGGCUGGAGUCACAUGUUUCACAUCGCUCGAUGGCCUAUCGGCCGUUUGGGAGGCACUGAAGAAUGUCUUCGAGAUUCACUGGUCUGGCGAUAUUCAGCAGGCAAAUGCUCAAGAUGCCCAGGACGAGUUGAUGAAUCUCUUGACAAUUAUGUAUAUUGCUGUUCAAGAGACAUUGAACGAUCCCGAGGAAAUGUCUCCUACCUAUGGAAAAUUGCUUGAAUUGAACCCCUCGCUGGUUGACUUUCUUAUGCUAGCCAUUUCCAAACUCAGAUGGGACGAGCAAAAUACUAUGCCCCAUACUCAGAUAUUCUUGCUGUUCUGGAAGUCCAUUCUCCUGGUAUUUGGUGGCACUGGUGACCUUGACCGGAUCAAGGAGGCCACCAGCGAGCUGGUUGGUGACAAGAACAAGGACACAAUCACGGCAAACCCCCUAGACUACCACGUCUUUCGCCAGGAAAUCACAUCGAAAUAUCCCGCCUAUGUCCCUCCACAGCCGUUAAUACCUCUAGAAGCUGAUAAUCCGUCGCUUCUCCCACCUCUUCCUAAUAUCAUGACUCGAAAUGGUUCCAACGGAAUCAUCACGCAGCCGACUAACACCCAAAUGGGAGGAGCAUCUAUCCUCAAUCAACCGGUGCAUAUUGCCACCCCGGCUCCAUCACCUCCGCCGUCGCCGGGCGUUAGUGGUAAGGGCGGUAAGAAGCAAAACUACCAAACUAACCAAAAUUUCCCCUUCAUGUAUCCUCCUCUAGAUGCCACCAGCAACAGUGCUGGUGGGAAGGGUGGCGCUGGAUAUGGCAAUCCUCUGGUAUCUAGAAAAUGGGAGGGAAGCGAUAUUCCCGCUUCAAUCCUCGAGGCAGGGCAGCUUUUCUCCUCACGCGUCAGGAUGACCCGAGCGACCCGUCAACUCUGGGAAGAGCGAGAGCGAUUUCUAAAGUUUGAACGCGGCUGGGAGACGGAUGAUGACGGAGAUGAUGACGAAAACGAUGACAUUGAGGACCUUGACCUUAGCGAGCUCACGCUGGAGGAGAAAGAAGUCUUGCGCGAACUGAAAGUAGAAGAUAACAAGGAGAAGAAAAGGAAGGAACGCUCAUCUCCAGGCCCUGAGAUUGACUUGGGACCCAAUCCGGAGAAACUGAGCGAGAGAGACAAACAACGUCUCAUUGCGGUGGAGCGUUUCUACGCCAACGCCUUGCCUCAUCUUCAGUCUAUUGUGAUUGUUUUGCUUCGUCCAAUCCUGGUUAAUGUUACGGCUAUUGUGACCCAGCAGCAGAAUCAGAUGGCAGGAAUGACUAGUAGGGCCAAUAACCCUGGCAUGAAUGGCGGCCCUGGAUCACAGAGGGGCAUGGAUGGACAAAGUCAAGCCGACGGAGAAGGAGAGCCGACUCCUGAAGAGAUUGAUGCUACUCGGACACGAGAGAUUACUUCAAAAGCCAUGACAGCCAUUCUCUUACUCCUACUGAAAUGGCUUAGACUCUCACACUCUAACUAUCUUCCUUUGGUUCUCAAGCUCUUUGCACAUCAGGACAUUCAACAAGUAGUUGACAGCAAGAUGGAUCAUGUUGAAAACAGCUUCUUCCAAUUCUGCAACAUUCGGUCGAAAUUUAAGGACAAGACCGAGAGCGAUCUCGAGGACGAGGGGGAGAAAGAAGUAGGCCUAGAAGAAAAGGCUCACGGCGAAGAAGAAAACAAGGAUAGAAAUCCAGAAGGAGAAGACAGCGAAGAUGACGCAGCACCGCCGCCAAUUAGGAGGCAGCGAGAGUUGGAGGAACCCGUGGACCAAGCAGUGGACCAUAUGGAGGAUAUUGCAGUCAAUGGGGAGUACCCCGUCCCAAUGAGGCCAGAAGUCGACGAGAUGGGGUUGCCGCUCAGCUCUCUCCCGCUGGAGCCCAUCACCGACUUCUCGAGGAGAAACUUCUUUUCUCUAAUCAACUACCUCAGGGUGAUGCAAAAGAUCUGCAAGAACAAGGCGCACCGCAACCUCUUGCUCGUGCAGUACAAAUCAUCCACCAUUCUUAAGAAGUCCCUCCGGGUACCCCAGCCUGAGCUUCGACUCUACACGCUCAAGCUCUUCAAGGGCCAGGUACCGUACUGUGGCCGUAAGUGGAGGCAGUCCAACAUGCGCGUCAUCACAGCCGUCUAUCUCCACUGCCGGCCCGAGCUCCGCGACGAGUGGCUCGCAGGUAGCGACAUUGACGCCGAGGUGGACUCGGCGCUGCCCCUGGAGCAAGCCCUCCGGAGCUUGACGCACUGGCUGAAUGUGCGGAGAUAUCCUGAGAAGAUUGCGGCAGAUAUUCGUAUCGCGAUGAGGGAAGAGCAGGACUUUUUCUCGAGGGAGCUGGAGAAGGUGGACUUGAAUUGGAGUGAUCUGAUGCUCAAUGCUGAUGAUACUAUGAGUGAGAUGGAUCAUGGGGAGUCGACAUGGGGUUAA